AUGUCGUCCCUCAAUCCCAUCGACCCUCACCCUGACGUCCGGCACUUUUAUAUGAUGAGGAUGUCAUUACACAGGAUGUCAUCACAGUGCCGACCCUCGACUAUCAUCCGCAGUCGCGCUUUGACUGUGCAACCCUCACAACAGGCUCAGUGUCAUCCUGUAUCGGUUUUUAUGGCUGUAAGAAUAUUGAGCAGUCGACCGAUGUACUUACCGCCUUUCCUUAGACUAGCAAAUGCCACGCCGAGCCAAAAAGAAAUAAUUAAGGCCAAAUUCUAUGGUGGCAUCCAACCAUUCAAACGCCAUGCGUUCGAGCGCUUUAAGGGCGUCUCGAUCACUAUCUAG